CGCCGCCGCCGCCGCACUCUCGGCAGGUUUGAAGUGUGUUUGUCUUUUGUGUGACUCUUCAAACUUUACCUGCCAAACAGAAGGCGCAUGCUGGGCUUCUGUUAUGUUAACCAAUGGAAAGGAACAGGUGAUCAAGUCCUGUGUCUCUCUCCCAGAAUUAAAUGCCCAGGUCUUCUGUCAUAGUUCCAACAAUGUUACCAAAACGGAAUGCUGCUUCACAGAUUUUUGCAACAACAUAACACUGCACCUUCCAACAGCAUCACCAAAUGCCCCAAAGCUUGGCCCUAUGGAGCUGACCAUUGUUAUUACUGUGCCAGUUUUCCUCCUGUCCAUGGCUUCAGUGCUGACCGUAUGGGCAUGCCAAGGUCGACAGUGCACCUACAGAAAGAAAAAGAGAUCGAACGUGGAGGAGCCCCUCUCUGAAUGCAAUCUGGUAAAUGCUGGGAAAACUCUAAAAGAUCUGAUUUACGAUGUGACUGCCUCUGGAUCUGGCUCUGGUCUACCUCUGUUGGUUCAAAGAACAAUUGCAAGGACGAUUGUACUUCAGGAAAUAGUAGGAAAAGGUAGAUUUGGUGAGGUCUGGCAUGGAAGAUGGUGUGGAGAAGAUGUGGCUGUGAAAAUAUUCUCCUCCAGAGAUGAAAGAUCAUGGUUUCGAGAGGCAGAAAUUUAUCAGACAGUUAUGCUGAGACAUGAAAACAUCCUUGGUUUCAUUGCUGCUGACAACAAAGAUAAUGGAACUUGGACUCAGCUUUGGCUUGUCUCUGAAUAUCAUGAACAGGGUUCCUUAUAUGACUAUUUGAAUAGAAACACAGUGACAGUGGCUGGAAUGAUCAAGCUGGCACUAUCAAUAGCUAGUGGUCUGGCCCACCUUCAUAUGGAGAUUGUUGGUACACAAGGUAAACCUGCUAUUGCUCAUCGAGAUAUAAAAUCAAAGAAUAUCUUAGUGAAAAAAUGUGAAACUUGUGCCAUAGCAGACUUGGGGUUGGCUGUGAAGCAUGAUUCAAUACUGAACACUAUUGACAUACCUCAGAACCCUAAAGUAGGAACCAAAAGGUAUAUGGCCCCUGAAAUGCUUGAUGAUACAAUAAAUGUGAAUAUCUUCGAGUCCUUCAAACGAGCUGACAUCUAUUCUGUUGGUCUGGUUUACUGGGAAAUAGCCCGGAGGUGUUCAGUUGGAGGAAUUGUUGAGGAGUACCAGUUGCCUUAUUAUGACAUGGUGCCUUCAGAUCCCUCAGUAGAAGAAAUGAGGAAGGUUGUUUGUGACCAGAAGUUACGACCAAGUAUUCCAAACCAGUGGCAAAGCUGUGAAGCACUCCGAGUCAUGGGGAGAAUAAUGCGUGAAUGUUGGUAUGCCAAUGGGGCAGCACGACUAACUGCUCUUCGGAUUAAGAAGACUAUAUCUCAACUUUGUGUCAAAGAAGACUGCAAAGCCUGAUGAUGAAAAUCAUGUUAAAAAGAAAUAAUCUCACAACUUUCUUUCUCAUUUUCCCUUUUUAUGUGAAUUUUUUGCCUUUGUUUCGUCCUUGUUUUGUUCUACCUCAAAGAUAAUGCAGUGCAGUAUUUAAGUGCCCAAAGGCACCAUGAAAAAAUAACUAAAGUAAGUGUGGGCUGGAGUUGAUGUCAUCUACUCCCCAUGUUGUCUUUAAUUUUAUUUUGAAAAGGAACACAUCAGCUCAUCUUUUUAUUUAAGGAACAUAUUACAAAUGUGUAAAAUAAGCUAUAUAAAGUAAUAAAAGUUAUUAAGGUUUUAUUUUACUUGAAUCAGGAGCACAUGAAUGAAUAGAAAAAAAUAUAAAAGCCCAUUUUUUUUUCCCCCAAGAUGAAAACUUUUCAUUAAAAAUGUGACUUGGAACAUAUUAUAUCUAAACAAAAUGUUAAUUAUAUAAUCUAUGUUUUUCUCUAUUUUUUUUUAAAUGAAUAGGGCCUUUAAAAAAUUAAACAGUGCUCUGAAGUUUAGGAUACAAAAUACGUAAAAGUAGAACUGCUUGAUAGGAAGGUGGAAGUGAGAUGAGAUCAGUUACUUGGUUUCUCCUUCCCUGUCCUCCUACUCUUCAUAAUGCACAACCACAGCAGCCCCUGAGACAAACAAUCUGAAAGUCACUAAGAUUGUUACUUUCUCUUAUUUUCACAUGAGAGCCCUGACAUUUUGAAUCAUUGAGAAAUGUCCCAAAGUGACACAGCUAGUGAUAGAGCCGGCGUUAGAUCCAAAUCUUGUGAUAAUCCACAUGGUAGGUUAGGCUAGCUUCCUACUUUCCCUUUAAUUCCUAUAACAUUUCUUCUCCCUGUGGAGAAACAACAUCUUUCAUGAUAUUUGUGGUUUAGUCAAACAGAAGGCAAAUUAUUUUGCAGAAUCGUAAUGGACCUGGAUGAACUCUCAGGACAAUAUCCACUGACAUUUUCCUCAUGGAAAUUCCAUAGUCAACCUAUUUGUUAAAUAGUUUUAAUGUUUUCUGAAUACUUCCAGAGAUUAAUCAGUCAUAAAAAUCCAUUGUCAGAGAUGUUUUUAAGGCAUUUCAGAGGUCCCUACCACCUUUGUACAUAUACAUUUAGAAAGAGGACAAGAGAGGAAGAGGUUACUAGGAGAUAUUUUGAGGAAAAAUUAAGAAAACUCUUAAAUGAAGUGUAAUAACCAAACCCAACUAAGGAUUAUCAGUAACUGUAAAGGAUAUUCUCUUGGCCUUUCAAAAUGAGCAAUGAGUGUGGAAGAAUGCUCAUGAUAAUUUUGCUUCUACUUCCUGUAGAGACAGAAGUGAAACAUUCUGAAUAGUACAUGAACAUUAAAUAUUUUUUUCAAAUCUAUAAUUCUGCUUUGGCAAAGAAAGAUUUAACAUGGUGCAAUGUUAAAUCUUCUAAAACAUUGUUCAGAGUGUUUUUAUUCUUCUAAAACAUUGUUUCCUAAACUCUGUUCCUUAGAAUGCUCUUCUGAGAUGAUCAAAGACCAAAAGUAUUCUUUGACAGACCUUAGAAAGUGAUACUGCAUAUUAGCAUAUUAUGUGCUUUGUGGAGUUUAGCAGUAAAAAAUGUUACUUGAAUUUCUUUAAACUGGAUUUCCCAAAUUAUUUGACCAAUGGCACUCUUUUUAUGUAAAACAGGGGAAACCUUUUAUUAGCCUACAUUUUAGUUUCUACAAAGCAUGGCUUGGGUAACAGUGUUCUAAAGGAUACACCUAUGUAGAGCACAGUCUAGUAAUUACACUUCAUUCUACUAUGAAAAUAUGUUACUGAGCCCAUCUUCAUUUGACUAGGAUGAGAUAUCAAAGGCAAGAAUCUGACAGCUCUGGUUUGCAUACACUCUCAUUCAUGCAGUUAUCCAUUCAUUAAAGAAUAUCUUCCUUGCCACAACUUUGGGUCCAAUAAGGAAAUUAAAAGAUGGAUAGGUUCUGUUCUCAGGGAUUUUGAAGUCUAAUUUGGGAAUAGGAACAGGGGUGUGGGUGUUUGGGGGAAGUAAAUUGGCAAAUAAAUACGAUACAAAUUAGGGUGUCUCAAAUUCUGUGUGAUGGUGGUUUUCAAAAACAAAUCCCAAUUUGCAGCGCAUUUAGAAAGUAUCUUUAUUUAGUUAUUCCAGACAAUCUAAAUUAUGUAAUCAAUUUUUAAAAGUACAUAUGGGAAGGGAUUCUAAAAAGAGCUUAUGUGAAGGGGUAAUCUUGCUUGUACUUGUUACUUUAAUUUCUCAUAGAUUGUUUCUGCAUAUAUGAGAAUGAAAUUAUUUAUGUACUAUGAUUGUAUUACUUUCAAACAAGAAUAAUAUUUUCUCUUUUAUUCAUGUAUGUUGGGUGAAUAUACUUACUUAAUUUUAAGAGAUGAUUUAAAAUCCCCAUUUUCCUUGACAUUAUGUUUUAUAAUCUAUUUGAAAGUGUCCAUAAUUCCAUAAUUUUAUUGAUUCAACUUUCACUCUAGAGAAAUCUGUACAUUUUGAGAUAUUUUUCUUGUUUUUGUGUUGGUUAACUGUACCUCCUAACUGAAUAGUCUUAUAUUUCAAUUUCCAAAAUAUAUUUUUAAAGAAAAGGGGUAGGUUAACAAAAAUGAUAAGGACCUUAACUCUCAGAAUGAUUAUAAAUAGGAAAUGCUUACAAAAUAGGAUAUAGCUUAGAGCAUUAGACAAAUUUGUUGUAUAUAACCUAUGCUGUUAAACUUUAUAUUACUUCUUUUUGAUAGAGUCUUACUGUGUAAUAUUUAUUUCUUUUGAAUUUUGUUACAAGCAAAAAAAUAUUCUUCUUAGACUCAGAGUGUCAGUGUUCUUUUCUCCUUUCAAAUAUUUUGGCUUUGGGUGUAAUGUGAAGCUUGGGAAAAUGCUAUUUAUGAAAUUUCAGUACUGUAUAAAGUGGUGAUGGAAUUUAUAUGCAGCAUCACUUCCUUAAACUAAGGGAAACAUCAUUUGUUGUCAAUAUUUCAGCAUGAACUUGUUGCCUUAUAAGCUAAGCAUUUAAGGAUGUAAUUGGUACAGAUUCUGUUGUGUGCUUUAUUCUGUCUAAAAUAUUUGGCACGUCACAUCUAGAAUUCUUAAUUCAUAUUCUGACUUGAAAGUUAAGUGAAACAUGACUGUGUCGGGCACUAUUUUAGGUAUAGCACUCGCUUCUCAUCUUUAUACUUUCAAUUAACUUUGCAUUUUAAAUUUCCAUGAUUAUAUGAAAAUAGUAACCUGAUUCUAGUGUCUGAAGACUUCAAAAUCAGCUUUGAUUUUAAAAUGGCAAUCUACAAUAGAUUCACUAGGUUAGAUGUCCCGUAAACAUUUAUUAUUUGUAAUACUUUGACCUUAGUAGGAUUAUUAAGUAAAACAAAACUACUUCUACUAUCCUGGAAUUUUGCUACCAUUUGACUUACUGGGGCAGAGAAAACUCAGGGCUAUCUUAGAAUUUAUGCAAAAGUACUGGAGAAGUCCAUGGACAGAGGAGCCUGGUGGGCUACAGUCCAUGGGGCCGCAGAGUCAGACAUGACUGAGCGACUCACACGCACUGGCACUAGAGCUCCAGGGAAACUACUAGCAAAUCAUCUGAAGGCAGGAAAUCCAUGUUUGCCAUUAUGCAAAGUUCAACUUGA